AUGACAAAAUUUUAGAACUUAAAUAUAAAGAGAAUAUAGUUCUCUUUGCCUUAGAUUUGCCUCUUAGUUGUCAUAUCCUUUGGAGUUGCGAGAGGAUUAAUUUGUGGGGAUUGUCUUUUCGAUUUCCCUGCUGAACUUUGUGAUGACUGCAAUACAGUCUCUGGAGACGGUUGCAGCAAUAAAUGCUAAAUAGAGUAGGGCUACUAUUGCUUUGUCACUGUGGAUGGAUCAACUUGUAGGGAAAGAUGUGGAGAUGGAAUAAAUCUCAAUAACGAGCAUUAAUGUGAUGAUGGAAACAAUUUAAGCAAGGACGGAUGUUCCUCUACUUGUGCAGUCGGUAAUAUUUUUGAAUUACAACUAUUCUUAGAAGCUGGAUUUAGUUGCACAACUGCUACGGCAACUGGAAACAGCCCAUCCGUGUGCACCGAAGAUUGUGAUGGAACAUGGAAUUAUUUUUUACCUUGCGAUACAGGCCCAGGACUCAUUGGAUGCUGCGAUAGCUGCACGACUGUUAUUACAGGUUGCACUUGCACAAGAGGAGGAGGAUGCGGAGAAGAUUGUGGAUCUGGAUUGAAUCUCGGAAUGAAUCCCAGCAAAGAGUGUGAUGAUGGGAAUGCAGAUUCUGCUCAUGAAUACUAUGGAGAUGGUUGCGAUUGGAAGUGCAAAGUCGAGCCAGGUUUCACUUGCCCUCUUACUGGUAAAUGCACUGAGACUUGUGGCGCAGGUACUUGGGACAGCUACAAUUACGAAUGUGAUGAUGGUAACAACAUAGACGGAGAUGGAUGCGAUUAAAACUGUAUGGUUGAGUAUGGAUUCUACUGCUAUGUGGGAAAUCCAUUAUUCAAGCAUGAUAAAUGCUAUGAGAUUUGUGGUGAUGGCAAGGACCUGAAUAACUACUGGUGUGAUGACGGAAACACUGAGUCAGGUGAUGGUUGUUCUUCUAUUUGCCAUAUUGAAAGAGGAUAUUCAUGCACUGGAGGAACCACUACUACUCCAGAUGUUUGCACUGAGAUUUGUGGCGAUGGUGUUGAUCAUGCUUAUUAUGAAUGUGACGAUGGAAAUCUGAUUGAUGGUGAUGGAUGCACUUCAACUUGCACAGUUGAGGUAGGAUACAGAUGCUUUGCUGGAAAUUUUGAUGUUGCAGAUGUAUGCAUUGAACUGUGUGGUGAUUCAAUAAGAAUCAACAAUACUGUGGGACUCUGCGAUGAUGGAAAUGUUAUCAGCGGAGAUGGUUGUAGUAAGAUAUGUGAUAUUGAAACUGGAUGGACUUGCUCAGGUGGCAGUCCAACAUCUAGAGAUGUUUGUGUUGAGACCUGCGGAGAUGGCCUAGCAGUUGGUGGCCUACCAUGUGAUGAUGGAAAUCUUAUAGAUGGAGAUGGAUGCUCCUCAACUUGUGAUGUAGAAAGAGGCUACUAUUGUGAAGGAGGAUCUAAAUAUGCGCCUGAUAUUUGCAAAGAGAUUUGUGGAGAUGGCUUAAAUUACCUUUAAUACUAGUGUGAUGACAAUAAUUUAGUAGAUGGAGACGGCUGUGACAGCAGUUGUAUGAUAGAAAAAGGGUGGUAUUGCUACGGGGGUGAUACUACGACUAGAGAUAUUUGCAAGUUACUCCCAAGACCAAAGGUAGAAAAUAUCACGAUCACUGCUGAUAAUACGAUAGCUACAAUUUACUUCAAUGAGACAAUCCUUCUAGAUGCUGAUUGGAACACAACCAUAUUCAACAGUUAUGUGAUCGGACCUAAAUCCCCAUAUGCAAUGUCUUGGGAACUUCUAGAUGUUACUUUCCACAAGUAGCAGGCUACUCAAGUUUAUCAACUCCAAUUAGAUAUCAAAGAUUAACUCUAUGAAAGUAUUAACUAGAUUUUUAUCGAAGUUACACAACGACUAGACCUCUGCUCAACUAAACAAUAUAUGUCACUCUCAAUCCCCAAUUAGACUUAGGUGACUCUGAUAGCACCAGUGAUGAAACUUUUAUGGCCAAGCUGUGUCAGAGACUUUUUGUACCAGUUUAACAUAAUGAACUUCGAAAGCGACUUCCUUUAUGAUAAGUUAAUUGAUUAGAGUUCCACGACAUACCCUUAGAUAAAUAAGUACUACACUAAUCAUGGAUAUGAUACCUCGAUAUUCCUUUAUAAUGUGAUGGAUAUGCUAUUCUUUUCUGCUUUCUUUGUUGCAUUGAUACCCUUGUUUUUUACUCUCAAGAGAUUAUUCUCUAAAGUAAUUUAUGAUAACACUCAGGGCUAUUCAGAUGUUGCAAAUCUGGUGCUUACAAUGGGUGUACUUGGAGGAUUACCGCUGCUUCAUUUGAUCCUAGUUAUUAAGAGAGCCUGUUUGAAUUAUGGUGUUAACAAAUAGUUUUAAAAAGAGAAAAAGAAGAAGGACAUCCUAGAAUAAGCCUAGGAUAAGGCAGACGGCAAUGAGGAUUCCCCAGAUAAGAAAAAGAAAGAUGAAGAUAGCGAUGACGAGUACUCACCAGAGUAAAGAAAUCAGCUAAUGGACGCCUAGAGAAAGAUAAAUGACUAUAGAUUCAGGCAUUCAUUCUUAGUGCAAAUGGCUUGGGGUGACCUCAAUGAUAAGGAAGGAGGCAAGCUCUUUUUCUUUGUCGGCUAAUGUGUGAAACGUCUAAUCUAUGCCUUCGCUCUAGUCCAUUAUAGAGAAGAUGCUUGUUUAGCAGCUCAGUACUUGAUGCUUGUUAAUAUUGGAGUAAUCAAAUCAAAUUUAAUCGACUAUAGUCUAUGUUACCUAUACUAAAUUGCAGUAGCUGAUGAGCUAUUUUUAUCCAUAGCAUCAACCACACUAUUUGCCUACUAUCAGAAAAACUCUCCAAAGGAGACAGUCUAAGGCUUUUGUGGAAUGAUGCUAACUAGUGUUUACUUUAUGAUUAAAGAGAUACUAAGGCGAACCAAGCCAGACUACGCUGAGAUGAUGGAGUCAGGUCCUCCUAAGCUCCCAGAUUUCUACAAGCCAAAAACUAAGGAGGAGCAGAAGAAGGAAGAGGAAAAAAAGGAAAAAGAUGAGGCUAAGAAAGAGGAGCAGGAGAAGAAAAAAGAAGAGGAAAAGAAGCAAGAGGAGAAGCUUAAAGAUUAGAAAGAGGAGAAGUUGCCUCCCAAAAAUAAAAAAGAUGAUAAAAAGGGUAAGGAUGGCAAUCAAUCCAUAGAAACUGAUGAUGCCUUGGGUGAUAGCGACCUUGUCUCUCAGGAUAUAUCAGUAUCUGAUGAUGAGGAUGAUGACUAUGAUGAUGAAGAUGAUGAUAGGACUGAUAAGACCAAUAAACCAGAUCAAACUGAUGAAAGUAAGUCAGCUGGCUCUCUCGAGGGUGGAGAUGUGGUAGAGGAUAGAGAAUAGGAAAGUAAAGAUUCAGAUGAUCCGAAUUUUGUGCCUGAGUAUUCAUAAGCCUAGGUAACAAAUAAGGGAGAGCUAUUUGCUAGUAACUUUGGUAAAAAUCAGCAAAUAGAUGAUAAUGGAGUAAUUAAAGCGACCAAAUAUACUCAAUGA